UCUCCUCCUCCCAGAUCUGGUGCUCUCUGUCGCGCCCCCCUCCGACGCUCUCUAUCCCUCUUCGUUCUUAGAUUCAUUAUUUUUUGCUCGAGUCAAGCAAAAUAGUUUUCUUUCUCGAAAACCCGAACUUUGUUUCCAUCUUUUUUUUCCAUUUUUUGGGUUUGAAAAGAUUUUGUUUUUACCACUCUUGAUCUUGGAAAUAGGUUCUGUGAUUCUCUGAUCCAAAAUCUCUCAAUUUCCUCUUGUUUGAUCCUAAAGAUGGGAGCCGGAAGAUAGCAAUGGAGUCCGAGGCCCAGCGAUCGCUCUCUUUUAGGGUGGUCCGUAGAGCGGAUCGGAGCAACCAGUAUUCCCUCUCCAAAGGUGGCGACGAUUCUCCGGGGAGGGCCGGGCAAGAUCCUUUGAAGAUGAUUUGGAGGAGGGGUUUCAUUCGGUUGGUUCUCGUGUCGGCUAUCGUAUGGAUGAUGCUUAUUCUUGUGGCAUUGCUGUUCCACCUCUGGUCGUGCCAUUCUUCUAUCAGUUUCCUAUCAGCUCUUUGUAGAAAGGAUAGCAAGGUUCUUGUCAUAUUAGACUCGAUGGGUCUCACACCAAAACCACAGCAUCGUUGCCCAAUUCCUCUUGCAGAUGAUCCUGAUGCUGUAGUCAUUCCAAAAAGAACCCCUAACACAAUUCCAAAAAGUUUGUCAUAUAUAAUGGUCGAUGAACAAGCAAAUGAAGACUCUAAGUCUCCACCAUUGUUUGGAGGACAUCAGAGCUGGGAACAGAGAGAGAAAAGCUUCAAGCUGAAUAAAACUAUGAAGGUGCAUUGUGGAUUUAUGAAGAAUGGAGGUGCAGAAAUGGAUGAUGUAGAUAUAAAGUAUGCCCGGAAAUGUAAGUUUGUGGUUGCUUCUGGCAUUUUUGAUGGGUAUGAUACUCCCCAUCAACCAUCAAACAUAAGUCUUCGUUCCCAGAAGCUCUUCUGCUUUCUGAUGGUGGUGGAUGAGGUGUCCCUUGAUUUCAUCAAGCAAAAUGUUAGUGUCCAAGUGGACAGUAAUGGAGGGAAAUGGGUUGGUAUCUGGCGCCUUGUGACACUACAUCAUCCGCCAUAUGAUGAGCCUAGAAGGAACGGAAAGGUUCCCAAGAUAUUAACUCAUAGGCUAUUUCCUCAAGCUCAAUAUAGCAUUUGGAUUGAUGGGAAAAUGGAGCUUAUUGUGGAUCCAUUGCUCAUUCUUGAAAGAUAUCUUUGGCGAGGAAAGCACACAUUUGCAAUUGCUCGUCAUAAACAUCAUAGAAGCAUCUAUGAGGAGGCUGAUGCAUGCAAGCGAAGGAAGCGUUAUGCUCGGCCACUAAUUGAUUUGCACAUGAAGAUUUACCGUUAUGAGGGAAUGGAACCUUGGAGUCCAAAGAAACAGACAAUCAGUGAUGUACCAGAGGGAGCAGUCAUAAUACGGGAGCACACAACAAUGACCGACUUGUUCGGCUGCCUGUGGUUCAAUGAGGUCAACCUCUUCACGCCAAGGGAUCAGCUUAGUUUUGGCUAUGUGGUGUACAGGCUAGGGGAUGCAUUUAAGUUUUUCAUGUUUCCCAACUGUGAAUACAAUUCAUUGUUCAUACUACAUAAACACACCAGGGAGCAUUCAUCGGUAAUAGAGUGGGUUAAGUCCCUGGAUGAAUUCAAAGGGAAUACGAGUGGGCUGAAAGAGACUAGAGGAGGAUUAGGACUUUGGUCACCAUAUCCUGGGAACCUCAGCUCUGUCAAACUCCCACCUGUUACAAGAAGUUCCCCAGCAGGCUGAGCAUAUAAUUCUUUCUCCACAAUUCGUCAACCCUGUGAUCCCAAAAAAAGUUAUCCAUCUUGAAGAAUGUCUUUGUCUGUUACCAUUCAAUGAUAUCUUUCCACUUGCUAUCAGCAGAUUUCAGACGAGUUUGCUAAUUGCUGUCUUUCCCAGCAAGAGGAUAUCUCAUCAAACCAUUUUUCCCUGAUGUAAAAUGCUAUGGAGUAUUUUUCAUAUCCGGCGAUUUUGACAUGCGAUACCCAUCUGACCUCUUUAUUUUGUAGGCCUCCUAAUCUGUCAAAUAUUUUAACAGUGAAAGAAAUAUUUUUGAAUGUCAUUA